CUAAUCUUGUUUUGUCUAGUUUUCAGACGGUGACGAGGCUUGUCCGAAACCUAUAGAGUACGCUGCCCAUGUGGGCAAUCCUAAUAUAGUCAAGAUUUUAUUUCCAUUGACCGAGAAAAUUCCGAGUUAUCCCGAUUGGACUAUUCGUGGAAUAACAAACUACUUCCACACCGAAGAAGCCAAGACUAAGAGAGAGGAGAGUAGGAAUGCUUACUUUCAGUUAGUUGUUGAGAAAGGUCAAAAUGCUAUGAGGAGAAAAUAUUACUCAGCUGCAGUUAAAUGGUUCAGUGAGGCAAUCUAUAUGAAUCCAAGUGAUGCAAGAAUAAGAUCAAAUCGAAGCAUAUGUUGGGCAAAGUUAACCGAACCUGCUUUCGCGUUAUACGAUGCUGAGGCGUGUGUCGAAUUGAGACCUGAAUCGCCCGAAGCUCACUAUAGAGAAGGUGUAGCAUGGAUGCUACUCAAAAAUUAUGCCAUGGCGUCGGGGGCAUUUAUAAGGGCUACUAGGCUGGAUCCGAGAAACGAGAAAAUCGGCGCAGCUUACAGAGAGGCUGUUGAUUCUUUAUAUCAUGAAAGGCUUGCAAGGCAACCAUUGGAGACACUGAACAUGAUACGAAAAGUUUUCGGAUAG